ACAGGCAAAUACGUAACAAGAUGCCUUCAUGCCUCCUCUCGGUGGUGUCCUAUAAACUCUAGCAAACAAGUAGUGGCUGGAGUUACUGAAGGGGGUGCCGCUAUACGGCAUGCAAACAGACAGGACAGAGGGCCAGAGUGCAACAAACCAGACUCCCCGGAAAACAUUUCUCUGAUCUUUAAAACAGCAACUCUCUGAUUUUCCUACUGAACAGCACAAGUCAUGUACCAAGUUGUACCAGGAGGAGCGGGAGGCACAAUUACAGAUGUUAUCCCCAAGCAGAAACACAGCAAGGACACUCGACCCUUGGUCGGAGCUGGCGUAAUCGGCCUGGUGCUGGUGAUUGCAGCCGUGACAGCAUGGUGUUAUUACAUAGCCUCUCUCCGCAAGGCUGAGCUGCUUAAGACUCAGCUGCUGGAUCUGAAUAAAGAUGGCUACAUUAUCCGCAACCAAGGAGGGUCCAUUGUUUUCAGAAUGGAUUUCAGGUCGGGAACAUUGGAUUUGGAUUCAUGCUCCAAAGAAGGGGAGAUGUUGAGCUGUGGACGCACCACUGAUAGAAAACUGAACUUCUUUAUAGAGACAGUGCGACCUAAGGAUACAGUACAGUGCUACCGAGUUCGUUGGGAGGAGCUGGUUCCUGACAUUCCAGUUGAGCAUGCCAUGACAUACAAGUUUGCACACUGGUAUGGUGGUGCAGUGUCAGCAAUUCAGCACUGGCCUAUUUCUAUCUCAGGCCAACAAGCUCCCAAACCCUUUGUUACAAGUGACAUCUACUCAAACCGCAACGAGUUUGGUGGUAUUUUGGAGAGUUAUUGGUUGUCAUCCAAUGCUACUGCCAUCAAGAUUAAUAACUCUGUGCCCUUCCACCUGGGCUGGAAUGACACAGAGAAGACUAUGUCUUUCCAGGCGAGAUACAACGACAGUCCCUUCAAACCAAACCCAGGAGAGAUACCAUGUGCUGAACUUAGCUACAGAGUGUGCGUGGGCUUGGAUGUGACAUCCAUACACAAAUACAUGGUCCGCAGGUACUUCAACAAGCCAAACAAGGUACCUGCCAAAGCCAUGUUUCGCCAUCCUAUCUGGUCGACCUGGGCGCUACAUAAGACUGACAUCAACCAAGACAAACUCUUGAAUUAUGCCGCCAGUAUACGAAAGUAUAACUUUAACUGUAGCCACUUAGAACUGGAUGACCGCUACACUCCCCGCUAUGGAGAGUUUGAGUUUGACACAACAAAGUUCCCAAAUGCCUCAGCCAUGUUCCAAAAGCUGAAGUCAGAUGGGUUUCUGGUCUCACUCUGGAUUCACCCUUUUGUUAACUAUGACUCUGACAACUUCCAUGUUUGUGUAGAACGUGGUCUGUUUGUUCGAGAGCCAACAGGCCGACUGCCGGCCUUGGUGCGCUGGUGGAAUGGCAUUGGUGGCAUUUUGGACUUCACAAACCCAGAAGCCCGUGAUUGGUUUUCCUCUCAGCUACGUUCUCUGCGCUCCAGGUAUGGUGUGUCGUCUUUUAAAUUUGAUGCAGGGGAAACCAACUACCUGCCAUGGAAAUUUAGUACCAGAACACCAAUCAGGGACCCCAGUUUUUUCACAAGACGUUACACAGAAAUGGCAAUCCCUUACAAUGACCGAGCUGAGCUUCGCAGUGGCUACCAGUCCCAAAACAUAUCCUGCUUCUUCAGACCAAUCGACAGAGACUCUGUGUGGGGCUACGAGCUCGGUCUCAAAUCUCUUAUCCCCACAGUGCUCACCAUCAGCAUCCUCGGCUAUCAGUUCAUUUUACCAGACAUGAUUGGAGGGAAUGCUUAUCUUAACCGCACAGAUGGAAAUCGUGUGCUGCCCGAUCGAGAACUCUAUAUCCGCUGGCUUGAGCUGUCAGCCUUCAUGCCCUCCAUGCAGUUUUCUAUUCCCCCUUGGGAAUACGACAAUGAGGUGGUUGAAAUUGCUCACAAAUACACAGCCCUCCAUGAGAGCAUUGUGGCACCACGGGUCCUGGAGCUGGCGGGCGAGGUGCUGGACACCGGGGACCCAAUCAUACGUCCCCUGUGGUGGAUUGCUACAGGUGACGAGACAGCCUAUAAAAUCGACUCACAGUUUCUGAUUGGGGAUGACCUCAUGGUAGCCCCAGUUUUAGAGCCGGGAAAGCAAGAGCGUGACAUCUACCUCCCUGCCGGCCGCUGGAGGAGCUACAAGGGAGAGAGAUUUGAUAUCAAGGAGCCUCUGCACCUCACAGACUAUCCUGUAGAUCUGGAUGAAAUAGCUUACUUUGUUUGGGUGUAGCAGGAAAGGAAUGUAAAGAAAGCAGCUUUUGCUCUCAUUUGCUUGUAAGACAAGCUUCACAAAUUACGCUUUUUAUGCACAAUGCAAGGAAUAUUAUAUGAGAAAGUUGUAUAGGAAAGAAUAAUGUGAAACUGCUUCAGUGAAAAAUGCCUCAAAUAAUCUUAACUUUUAUCUGUAUUUUAGCUGACAGCUUCUAAUUCUGUGAAUCCCAGUUUUUAAAGAUAGUCAAGUAGUGUCCUUUGAAAUAUGAGUGUGUAACUCUUGAUGACUGAUACCCAUAGCAGCCAUAAGUAACAAUUAUGGGUAUAUAAUAAGUGGCAACACAUGAUAUUACGGUAGCAGAGAUAGAACAGAGUCACUAAGUCAACCAACUGACUCAUCACAACAGUUACACAGCAAUAUCUGUUUAAGGUUUUCUUACAAUAGCUGACGUUGGCCACCAUAAGCUACUGGCUGUAGAAGCAAAACCCAGCAUAUAUUUAAGUGACAAAGGGUGUGUUUUAAUGAUUAUGAAAUCAACUUUUUGUUUUUACAAGAGCAAUGUGCCUCACAGUGCUUCUAAAGCAACACAAUGUGCUUUAAAGAUUGUGCAAUUACAUUUAUAAAACAUUUGUCAAAAAGGGAAAAUGCAAACUGAGUUAAGUAUGCAAUAGUUGCCUUUUUUUGCCAUAAAGUUGUUGUAUUUUUGAAUGUUUUUGCCCUUUUUUUAGUUUAAUUGAAACCAAACUGGUAUCAUAUAACGGAGAGGACAACUGAAGAGGUGUCAUUAUUGUCAUUAAGCAGAUAGUAGGCGACAUGAAAUCCUCUGUAUUCAUAAAUAAUUCUCGGUUUGACUGAAAAAUCCCUCUUUCCAUUGACACUAAUGACUCCUCUUUUCUCUUCUGCUGUGAGAUACUUUUCAGGAGGUCGCGUUUUAUGCUUCACUUAUCAGGAUGAAUGCCUGAAGUUUAAUCAUUACAAACGGCAUGCGCUCUCAUUUGUGUAACAGAGUGUCGUGUAACUGCUCUAAGCCUAGAAGAAGAUGCCUUUUUAUAAGGCAAUAAAUAUUUUAUGCCCUUCCUCAGGUAACAGCUUUUUUUCUGGCUGUAGUGGGUUGGAUGGAUGGAUGGUUAUUGUCAAUAUUGUGCUUUGCUGACUCUAAAUGCAGGUAAACAGCCACUUGUAUGAUGAACCAUAAUACAUUUACUGCCACAUUUUGGAAAGAGAGUUUAGGAUGUAUGUUCUUUUGAAAGACAAUAACCUCAGUGACAAUGCUUUGGUUGAUUUUUUACCUUCUUGGUAUGCAGUGUGGAAGCCUACAGAUACAUUUAGCAGCAUUUAAUCAGCAAAUGUAAUGUCAUUUUAUUUAUAAUGUUGUGUUUUGUUAAUUUAAAUAUUUUGUAAAUACAGUGAUACCUGCCAUAUUCUAACAGUUACUGUCAUGUGAUGUGUUAUUGUUAAAAACGUUUUCUUAUAUAUUGCCUCCUGUUAUUUUAACCCUAUAUUGGAUGUGUUAACUAUUUAAGGACAAUCACAUGGUCAAGAAGAUGUACCACAAGUAACCCAAAGGAGAAUAUUCCAUUGUGUAGCAGCUGACUGCAUCUUGUCAUACUGAUUAUUGACAGUAAAAGGCAGCAAUCAGUGCUUCAGUGAUCAAGAAAGGCUUCUGACUUUUUGACCCUUACAUUUUAACACGUCUGUGCGUCCUUUCACUUGUGGCACUUUCCUUGUUGACCUUGGGGCUUUUUAUUUGUGCCUCUUGACACACUUUCAUCACAACAACACUUUCUAUUUAUAACAGUUCUCACUCAGCAUCUGGGCCAGGUCAGCCUCUAAGGCUAUUACUGUCUCUGGCUAGCUUUCUUUAUGACAUGACCAAGAGGCCAUAUCAUAUUUUGGACUGAAUGUUUCCUUGCUUUAUGCUCUUUUGAUGUGCCUUGAUAUGUGUUCUUGCAACUGAACAUUGGCUAUGUUUGUGUGUGACAGAAGUUUUGGAACUAAUUUCAGCAGAAGUGGAUUUGAUAUUUGAUUUGAUUUUGUAUAAUUGUGUAAAAUAAAAUGAAGUUUGACUUUAA